CCUUUAUUUAGAACAAGUAGACCAGAAAAGCAAAGGACAAAGCUCAAGUAAAAUGAAAAAGUGAAGUAAAGUGAUCACAAGAUCUAUGGCGGGCCUUUCUUUUAAACUUCAAAUACAACAGCCACCAACAGUAGUCAAUUGUUCACAUAACAAACUACCUGUUUUAACUUAAUUCUUCUCGAAAUCGACGAAUUCUCAUACAUCAUCCAUUUAUAUAUUUUAUAACAAAGAAAAAGCCAAGAAGUAGACAACUUCUUUGAUGUCAAAUAUGUCUCUAAAGAAAUUGGUAUUGAGGUUCAAGAAGGUGAAAGAUGGCGAUGAACCCGAAUCAGAAAACGCGCGUUUUCACAAUUGGAUGUAUAAUUCGGAUAACCGGCUGAAUGUUUCGCCGGUAAGUGCUUCAAGUUUCAAGAAAAUGGUGUCAAAUGGAAGAACGAUGAAAGAGUUGAUUGGUGAAGAAGAAGAAGAAGUAAAAAAGAUUGUGUUUGAAAAGAAAUCUGAGAGCAUAAUUCAAGCAACAUCUCAAGAUUGUUUGAAGUCAAAGUCAACCGUUGACUAUACAAGAACACGAUCAACAAGGUCGGGUUUGGAAGAGUUAAGGAAGCUAAAAAACAACAAGAUCAAAGACAUCAUGUUGAAGAAUGAGGAACAGAGGAAAUGUGUUGAUGUAAGCAAAAAAACAAGUAGGAAAAAGUCAAACCCGGGUUGUAAAGUCAACGCUUACACGCCACGAACGCUCGCCAGAGUGGAAUGCAGAAUCAAAGCUCUUGAAGAUAUGAAAAAAACAAGGGUGAAGAUGAACAAAGAGAGAGAAAUUAAGGAUGCAUUUAGAGCUUAUGCUGAUAGUUUUGCGGUUUUGAAAAGAUCAUUUGAUCCGCAACAAGACUUCAGAGAGUCGAUGAUGGAGAUGAUCAUGGAGAACGGAAUCAGGCGAAGAGAAGAGCUUGAGGAGCUUUUGGCUUGCUACUUGACAUUAAAUUGUGAUGAAUAUCAUGAUCUUAUUGUUAAGGUGUUCAAAGAUGUAUGGUUAGAAUUAAACCAAGUCUAUAUUGAUCCAUAUUUUUAGUUUUCAGAAUUAUCUGUAAGAAAU